CCUCUUUCAUUUUCUGAUGGAUUAACAAUUGCUGCUUCUUGCUGCUAACAUAGGAUUGUGGAGAAAAGUGACUACAAUGGCUUUUUUGCGGCAUAUCUUCAUAAUUAGUCACAUUCUUCCAUUAGUGAGUGCUAUUAAUACCGCCUUCCUCCCUUGUGACACCGAUGGGAAUGCUACGAUAGUAGACUGCAGUAAGAGACAUCUCAGCUACGUUCCUCCCUUCAAGUCCACCACCGUAAAGUCACUGGAUUUAAGUAAGACAAAGAUUAUGGAUGUGGGAGUGAAUGCUUUCUUGGGUGUCCCAAACCUCACCACACUGAAAAUCACGAUGAAUUGUCUACCAGGUCACUUGAGAGCAUUGGAUGACCGAUCAUGCAAAAUGGAUAUUGACCUUUAUGCCUUCAAGAGUUUGACAAAGCUUCUGCACCUAAAUCUGUCAGGAAACAGCCUAACGUCUAUACCCUGGUUACCUGAGUCCCUGACGGUUCUUGACCUACAGGAUAAUUCCAUCUUCAACAUUGCUUCUCCUUUAAAUACUCCAAAUCUUGAACAUCUCUUUCUUUCCAGAAACUGUUUUUAUGCAAACCCCUGUGAUCAAUCAUUUUACAUCAGUGAGGGUGUUUUCAGUGAACUGCCGAAACUUCAGAAUCUUACGUUAGGAUUCAAUAAUUUGACGUCUGUCCCCAAAGGCCUGCCACACUCACUGGUACAUCUGGAUUUUAGAGAGAACACAAUCACGGAAAUCCCAGAAAAUGCAUUUGAAAACCUGACGGCCCUCAAAUAUUUGAAUUUGGAGUGGAAUUGUCAGCGUUGUGAUCAUGCAUUCAUGCCCUGUUUUCCUUGCCCUGGUAAUGCCUCCCUCAAACUACAUCCACAGUCAUUUUAUGCCGAGAACAGUUCCAUUCAGGAACUCCUUUUGAGAGGAAACUCUCUGAAGACAUUUCCUGGAAACCUCUUCAAGCCUUUGAGGAAUUUAAAAGUACUGGAUAUUUCUGACAACUUUCUCAUGGAAUAUGCUAUAAGUAAUGGUUCAUUUUUCACAGAUCUGAAGGGCCUCAAAUUUAUUAGUCUUAUCUAUAACUAUCAGCCAUUAAAGACAUUUCGGGAACUGAACCUUUCACCACAUCUUGGAGAUAUUUCAGGACUAGAAUACCUUCUUCUGAGUGGUAACUUUUUCCGCACGCUUUCAUUAAACAGCCUUAAAGUCCUGUCCAAACUACACAAUCUGAAGAAACUAGAAUUGCGGAUGAACUUCAUUAAUGCUUCUAACAUUAUUCGCGCUUUGACCACCUUACCUUCUCUCAGCUAUAUUGAUCUUUCGCAAAAUAUGCUUCGUUUCCUCUCAUGCUGCUCCAGUCUAAGAUUUGGGUCUGUUUAUCAACACAGCUCUCAGAACCAGAACUUUCAUGAGUACAGUAUUCUUGACCCACCCUUUAUCCAGAGAAAUCGAGAAGUCACCACAAAUGAUGUCUGGGAACACGAUGAAACUAAAGCAUGGGAAGUGCUACAAACCAAUAUGUUAAAAAGUCUCCAAUUUUGGGAGUUCAAAUAUCAUUACUGCCACUCUAACUUGACCAUUGAUCUCUCUCAAAAUGAUAUUCUAGUUCUUACCCCAGAUGUCUUUUUGGGCAUGGAUGCUCUUUGUUUAGACCUCUCCUUUAAUUACAUGAACCAGAGAAUACAUCCUGGGCUGUUCGAUACAAUGACAAACUUGGUUUUCCUAAAUUUGUCGUAUAAUAGACUUGAUCUUUAUGACAAAGAGGCUUUCAGUGAACUUACUGCUAAUCUAAAGGUAUUAGACCUCAGUAACAAUGAGUUUCAUUUCCAAAUGAGGGGGAUGGGCCAUCGUUUUCAGUUCCUCCAAAAUCUUGCAAAGUUGGAAGUACUAAGCCUGGCAAACAAUGAUAUUGGGAUGCGAUUGGACCAAAAACUCUUCAGCAGCUCUCUAAAGUACCUCGACUUUCAUGGAAAUCACUUAGACGUCAUGUGGGAGUCUACCAACAACAAGUACACUUACUUCUUCCAGAACCUUACAAACUUGAUCUACCUGGACAUCUCCAACAACAAACUGAAAUCAAUUUCACCAGAUGUUCUUGUUAACUUCCCCAAAAGCACUGAAGUACUCAUCAUCAAGCAAAAUAGUCUGACCUAUUUCCCUUGGGAAAGCAUCAAAGAACUCAGCAAUUUAUGGCACCUGGACCUCAGCUCUAAUUACCUCACUGAUUUGCCAUACAAAGCCAUCAGAUCUGGAGCAAGGUUUUCUCACCUAGACCUAAGCAACAAUCGUAUUGCUGUUAUUCCAGAGAAUUUUUUGAUGAAGUUGCAAACCCUGUAUAUCAACCACAACUACAUCAAAGAGCUAAACCAGAGCAUUUUCGUCGGUCCCAUUCUAAACGGUAGUUCCCUACGGAAACUCAAACUGCAUCAUAACCCCUUUAAAUGUGACUGUACCACAUCGUGGUUUGCAGAAUUCUUGCGGACCACUCAUAUAGAAAUUCCAAAUCUCAGUACACUUAUUCACUGUGAAUACCCAGAGUCCCAACAGGGGCAGACUGUGCUGUCGAUGGAUGAACAUUCCUGCCAGGACAUCUAUGGUAGUGUUGCCUUUCUCAUCAGUUGUUUUUUGGUUGUGAUUUUUGUUGUUUUUCCUCUGCUGAAACAUCUCUACGGCUGGGACCUGUGGUAUUGCACACAGGUGCUUUGGGCCGGAUAUAAGGGCUACACUCAGCUGGCUGGGAGGGAUUCCCCAUUUGAUUACGAUGCUUUUGUGGUAUUUGACACCAGCAACCAGGCUGUGACGGAUUGGGUCUACAAUGAGUUAACUGUCCAUUUGGAGAACUCAGGUCACCGGCGGUUUUGUCUCUGCUUGGAGGAAAGGGACUGGAUUCCUGGACUUUCUUGUAUUGAAAAUCUCCACAGUGCCAUCUACAGGAGCACAAAGACAGUGUUUGUGCUGUCCAGCAGUGAAGCAGUGAGUGGUGUGAUUCGCCAGGCUUUCUACAUGGUUCAGCAGAGGCUACUGGAUGAAAAGGUGGAUGUCACCGUUCUGGUUCUGUUGGAUGAGUUGUUUCCCAAACUGAAGUACCUUCAGCUGAGAAAGCGACUGUGUGGAAAAUCAGUGUUGUCCUGGCCAAGAAACCCAAGAGCCCAUCCCAUUUUUUGGAAUCGCAUGAGAAGGGCAUUGUCAUUGGAUAACCUCAAGUUUUAUGACCACAACAUGAGUGAGAGUUUUACAUGAGUUAUGGCAUCCAAUCCAAAAUUUAAGAACACCAUGGUACAACUAUGAAAUCUGAAAAUCUUCUGGGCCCACCCAAACCUUUUAUCAUGAUGUGGAUUGACACUUGAGACAAAGAUGAAAUAUUUCCAUGUAGAUAUUAUGUGGAACUAUGUCAGAUAAAAGAAGAGUAACAUAAUUAAAAUCCCAUGGAUUUUUGACUUAUUAUUACAUUUUUAAUAGCAUAAACAUUUUGUGGUAAUUGUAAACUUUAUUAUAUAUUUGAAAAUCAAAGAUAUUAUUGCUUGCUUAUUUUUAAUGACCUAUUACAGCCCACUUGCAGUACUUUCCAGCUCACACUUUUGGGAAUCAUUGAUUUAUGUCAACAAAAAACUUAUUUAACUUAUUUCUUUCAUUCUUUGUUUUUUAAUUUGAUUAUCCCCCAAAUUACUGAUCAAACAUUACUUUAUCUAUUAGUGUUCUUGUAAAUUUCUCUUGAACUAAUAGAUAAAUACAAAUUGAACAAUUAACAUUAUCAAAUCAUGCAAAUGUAAAACUUUAAUGUCUGUGAACCAAAUAAACUUUUGUGAAAAUAUGGACAACAGUGUGGAUCUUGUCAAAAACGUUAGGUGGCUAUAAGUAUUUUUUACUGAUUUAGAUUUUGAAAGGGCUGAAAAUGAUUUGUGUGUGUGUGUGUGUGUGUGUGUGU